AUGGAUCGAAUACGUCGAUCGUUUCGUGAGUCGUUUCGACGACGAUCCUCUCGAGAUCACAACAAUCUCCGUAAUUCACAAUCACCUGGUGCGCAACCGUCCUCAGCGACCAAUAAUGCCUCCUCACAGCCAGGCGCAUCCUCCUCCAACAAUGCAUCCUCGAAUUCACGUCCCCAAACCGGCGCAAUCAGUAGCACUUCAAGUGGUAAAGCUGACCUAUGGCAACCCGACGAGACGGCUGUUCGUGAGGGCACAUGCAGUUUCAAUGUGAAGUAUCUCGGUGGUGUUGAGGUGUUCGAGUCACGUGGUAUGCAAGUGUGUGAGGGUGCUUUAAAACUAUUACGGGUAUUCAAUUUCAAGUUCAAUUCAAUUUUCGAUUUCUUUUCCUUGUUUAUUCAGUAA